CUUCGAGCUUCCCCGGCGAAUCUCGAAUUUUUUGUACCGUGCAAGUACAACGCCGGAAACUGUUGACCAUAUUCCACAAUGCCCCGUGAGACCGAAGUUUCGCUCAACGAGCGCGACUUUAUACUAAAAGCAUUGAGCGAGCAAGUCCGACUUGACGGACGUAAAUUCGACGCGUUCAGAUCUUUGGAACUCUCUUUCGGACAAGAGUAUGGCGUCGCAGAUGUUAAGCUCGGCAAGACAAGAGUCAUCGCCCGUAUUUCGGCUGAAGUGACAGCUCCAUAUGUUGACCGAAGGUUUGAUGGCAUCUUCACCAUCAGCACUGAAUUCUCACCUAUGGCAUCGCCUGCGGUCGAAGUCGGACGACAGAACGACGCCGAAGUGCUCCUCUCGCGCAUCCUCGAAAAAUCCAUACGUCGAAGCUCUGCUCUUGAUACCGAAUCGCUCUGUAUAAUCGCUGGCGCAAAAUGUUUCUCUAUUCGAGCAGAUAUACAUGUGGUCGACCAUGAUGGAAGUUUGAUAGAUGCAUCAUGUAUUGCGCUCGUGGCCGCACUUCAACACUUCCGUCGACCGGACGUUUCAGUUGAAGGCGAGAAUGUGACAGUCUACAGCAUCAGGGAGAGAGAGCCUGUACCGCUGGCGAUGCUACACCACCCUCUGUGUAUAACGAUAUCACAUUAUCACUCCGGCGAUGUACUACUUGUUGAUGCUUCAUUGGCAGAAGAGCAGGUUCGCGAGGGCCAGGUGAUCAUAUCGAUGAAUAGACAUGGAGAGUUAUGUCACAUUGCACAGUAUGGUGGAGUCCCUAUCGACCCACUGCUGUUGAUGAAUUGUACGAGCAUGGCGUUUGGAAAGGUGAAAGAACUCACAAACACGAUUCAUGAACAGCUAGAAAAAGAUGCAAAAGAGAGAGACGCGGGAGGUCUCAUUGCGGAACUGAGCGCAGAGAAUGAACGGUGAGCUGCCAACUGGGAAUAUUUCCGGCGCGCAGUUGAACGACUCGAUACUCCGUGCCACCUAUUAUGAACAUGAAAACAACCAAAUUUGUAGGGCAGAGAGAUAAGACGGCGGAUGCCAAUACCCUACUUCGGGUGAGACGAGACUACAGUACGGCUUGGUUUGCACGAUUGCCAUACCCAAGGACAUGCCGGAGCACAGGACGAAGUCCCAAUGUCCGACCCGAAUAUAGAUGGGUAUAGGCAACUUGCAAGGGGCACAGACUUGGUCAAGGCCUGACUUCGGUGAGAAUCUAGAGUCGCCCUGACGUCCGUCGUAGUAAUCAAAACCCUAGUCAAUCGAAACGCAAGGACCGGGAUCCGAGCUCCAGGCUGGGCUUGAUGACGGAAACGCAG